AUGACACAGCAGGAACUGCAGCGUCAAUACCAGCGGAACCUGAGCGAGGCCCAGCUGGCAGAGCACCAGCAAGCACGUAUAGCCCUCGAGAACAGCGCCUCCUUCGCCCGCUCGCAUCACCACUACCAGGAUGUGAAACAAAUACCCAGCGGUAUCGUCAACGGACACGCUCCUUCCAUCAUCACCUCGCACGCUAACAACGACAGCUUCUACCACCAACGCGCAACCACCAUCCACUCGACCAUCGACACGAAAGCGACCCGACAGAACUACCGCUGGAUCGACGGCAGGCGCCAUCAUAAUACUGAUGGCGCUGCUUAUAUCAUGCCCAACGAUAUCGAUGAGAUGGACAGAUUCACAAAGAUGUCCUUGACGUCGGAUGUGGCCCCGGAACAUGGAUCUUAG